AGGAAUAGACGCCAAGUGGGAUUCCCCGGCUCCACACACAGCGCGCAGGAUGGCUGACUGAUUUGGGCUUGGAAACAAAGGCGUUUAUAAGCACCCCGUCCUCUCUAGGACUUGGCUGAGAGAGAGGAGUGGCAGAGGGGGCAGCACACGGAGGAGCGAUGGGAAUUGAGGACCAUGGUUACUUGAGAUAAAUGGCAGAUCCCUGGGAGUCUAGUCUAGAAGCUGCUCGCUUUAGUUUUCCCUCGCUCUGCAGCCACUGUUUCUUCUUCGCGAGCUGCUGCUGGGUGCUGCCACGGUGGCGCUGGAGAUCUCCAGGGCGACUUGAGUGCAAAGCUUGAGGAGGGGGUGGGCCGCCCGCCUCACCAUGAUUCAGCUGUGGAAAGUGGUGCGGCACGUGCGACAGCUGGAGCUCCACAGAUUGAUCCUGGUGCUCAUUGCCUUCAGCCUGAUCUCCAUGUGCUUCCUGGCCUACUAUGUUACCAACAGCCCCAAAAUCAAGGAGCCACUGCCCCUGCCCUUCAGCGACUGCAGCAAUCAGCACAGGGUCCCGAUCCCACCCCAGGCCAGCUGGAGGCUCACCAAAUCCGUUGACACCUCGCGCACUGAGCCUGUGGUGCUAGUCUUUGUGGAAAGCAUUUACUCCCAGCUGGGGCAGGAAAUUGUGGCCAUCCUGGAAUCCAGCCGGUUUAAAUACAGGACAGAGAUUGCCCCUGGCAAGGGGGAUAUGCCCACCCUGACAGACAAGGACAGGGGCCGCUAUGCUCUUAUCAUCUAUGAGAAUGUCCUUAAAUAUGUGAACCUAGAUGCUUGGAACCGGGAGCUGUUGGACAAAUACUGUGUGGAGUAUGGAGUGGGGAUUAUAGGGUUCUUCAAAGCCAAUGAGAACAGCUUGCUCAGUGCUCAGCUCAAGGGAUUCCCCCUUUUCCUACACUCUAACCUAGGGCUCCGGGACUAUCACAUCAACCCCAGUGCCCCUCUGCUCUACAUCACUCGGGCCAACGAGGUGGAGCAGGGUCCCCUGCCCGGUGAUGACUGGACUGUGUUCCAAUCAAACCACAGCACCUAUGAGCCUGUGCUCUUGGCCAGCACAAAGUCUUCAGAAUCCAUUCCUCACCUGGCCACCCACAAAGCACUGCAUGCCACUGUCGUGCAGGACCUGGGUCUGCAUGACGGGAUCCAGCGGGUCCUCUUUGGCAAUAACCUCAACUUCUGGCUGCACAAACUUGUUUUUGUGGACGCCAUUGCUUACCUGACUGGCAAGCGCCUCUGCCUCACGCUUGACCGCUACAUCCUCGUGGACAUCGAUGACAUAUUUGUGGGCAAAGAGGGCACUCGCAUGAAGGUGUCUGAUGUGGAGGCUCUCCUGAACACUCAGAACAAGCUGAGAACAUUAGUCCCCAAUUUCACUUUCAACUUGGGCUUCUCUGGGAAAUUCUACCACACAGGUACAGAUGAGGAAGAUGAAGGUGAUGACAUGCUACUUAAACACAGGAAAGAGUUCUGGUGGUUCCCACACAUGUGGAGUCACAUGCAGCCUCACCUCUUCCACAACGUCACCGUGUUGGCUGAGCAAAUGAAGCUCAACAAGCAAUUUGCGCUGGAACAUGGGAUCCCCACGGACUUGGGCUAUGCUGUGGCCCCCCAUCAUUCUGGAGUUUAUCCCAUCCAUACACAGCUCUAUGAGGCCUGGAAAUCCGUCUGGGGCAUCCAGGUGACCAGCACUGAGGAGUAUCCCCACCUGCGGCCCGCCCGGUACCGGCGAGGGUUCAUCCAUAACGACAUCAUGGUGCUGCCUCGACAGACGUGUGGGCUUUUUACUCACACCAUCUUCUACAACGAAUAUCCUGGGGGCUCCAAGGAGUUGGACAAAAGCAUUCGGGGUGGUGAACUCUUCCUGACCGUGCUUCUGAACCCAAUCAGCAUCUUCAUGACACACCUGUCUAACUAUGGGAACGACCGGCUGGGGCUGUACACUUUUGAGAGCCUGGUCAAGUUUGUGCAGUGCUGGACCAACCUUCGCCUGCAGACUCUGCCUCCUGUCCAGCUAGCAAAGAAGUACUUUGAAAUCUUUCCCCAGGAGAAGAACCCACUGUGGCAGAAUCCCUGUGACGAUAAGAGGCACAAGGAUAUCUGGUCCAAAGAGAAAACAUGUGACCGGCUCCCCAAAUUCCUUGUCGUUGGACCCCAGAAAACUGGCACAACAGCUGUGCACUUCUUCCUGACCAUGCACCCAGCGGUCACUAGUAACUUCCCGAGUUCAGCCACCUUCGAAGAGAUCCAGUUCUUCAAUGGGCCCAACUAUCAUAAAGGAAUUGACUGGUACAUGGAAUUCUUCCCCAUCCCCUCCAACGCCAGCACAGACUUCAUGUUUGAGAAAAGUGCCAAUUACUUUGACACAGAGGUGGUACCAAAGCGUGGCGCGGCCCUGCUUCCACGAGCCAAAAUCAUCUCCAUUCUGAUCAACCCGGCCAUUCGAGCCUACUCCUGGUACCAGCACCAGCGCGCUCACAGCGACCCUGUGGCUCUCAAUUACACCUUUUACCAGGUGAUUACUGCGAAGUCCCAGGCCCACCUGGAGCUGCGCAACCUGCAGAGCCGAUGCCUGCUCCCUGGAAUGUAUUCGACUCACCUGGAACGAUGGCUGACGUAUUACCCCUCUGGGCAGAUUCUGAUUGUGGAUGGCCAGGAGCUCCGGCACAGCCCUGCUUCCAUCAUGGAGAACAUCCAGAAGUUUCUGGGGGUGACACCACUCUUCAACUACACCCAGGCCCUCAAGUUUGAUGAAGCAAAAGGAUUUUGGUGCCAGGUGCUAGAUGGAGGGAAGUCUAAAUGCUUGGGAAAGAGUAAAGGAAGGAAGUACCCUGACAUGGAUUCCUCGUCUCGGCUGUUCCUCACAGACUUCUAUCGGGAGUACAACAUCGAGUUAUCCAAGCUGAUGAACAGACUUGGGCAGCCCCUUCCCACGUGGCUCCGCGAGGAACUGCAGAAUUCCAGCUGGAGCUGA